CCAGCCGCGCUGUGCGCAUGCGCCCUAGGGAGAGCUACGGAGGUGACGUGAGUUCUUGCCCUGGGAGCUUCAAGAAGACAUCAUGGUUCACCUCGGGCAACACCUCAUGAAACAGUACCACAAGUCUCACCUGGUCAUCCGCUUUGCCCUCGGCGGCUGUGCCAACAGGCCGUACUACCGGAUCGUGGUUGCCGAGAACAAGCGGGCCCGUGACGGCAAAUACGUGGAGCAGCUGGGCUGCUAUGACCCCCUCCCAAACGACCAUGGCGAGAAGAUUAUCGGCUUGAACAUCGAGCGCAUUAAAUACUGGCUGGGCCGUGGGGCCUAUACCAGCAUGCCUUUUCAAAAGCUUCUGGGACUUGCUGGAUUUUUCCCCCUGCAUCCCAUGACCAUCACCAACGCAGAACGGCUCAAGAGGAAACGGGCCCGGGAGACGGCUGCAGUCAUGGAGGCGGCUUCAGUUACUCAGGAAGAGGACUCUGCGGCAAAGGAAUGAAGGCGAACAGGGGGGACAGACUGGGCCUGAUUCCUUCAAGGACUUUUGCUGCCAGCUCCGAGGGACUCUCAGGGCCAGGAUGCCCAGAAGUGCACAGAAGCAACCCGAAUCCCCAAGAUUUAUUAAAACCUCUUUUGGGUGU